AUGGCCCGUUUUAAGUUUGGAAGCAAGAACAAGAGAAAGUCCGAAAGUGGUGGAGAUUCGACCAACAUUUCGGUGAUUUCUUCUGAAUACCCCAAUUAUAAUAAUGGAGCCUAUCUGCCAUCAUCUCAUGCCGAGGCACCUGUGGUGCCCCUGGUUCCUCAGAAGGACACUUAUGGUGGGGCUCCAAUUGUGGUUACCAACGCCACGGCACCAGGGUCCACGCAAUCGGCAUCCAAUGCCCAAUUUGAUUCUAUUUUGGACCCCAAAUUGAACCAACAAAAUGACCAUUACACUAGUCUGGCACCAUUGGACUCGACACCACCAGCCAAUACCAGUCCUUGGAAAAGACACAAGCUCUUUGACUCUCCAUUCCCGCGUUACAGACACGCUGCAUCGUCGUUCACCAGUGAAAAGGGCGACAUCUACAUCAUGGGUGGACUCAAGGAAGGGUCUGUUUUCGGUGACACUUGGAAAAUCACUCCACAAGUGGAUGAAAACAACAACUUGAACUUUGUCACGAAAAAUGUUCAGAUUGCCAACAAUACAAACCCUCCUGCAAGAGUUGGGCAUUCUUCGGUGUUGUGUGGUAAUGCGUUUAUCAUUUAUGGAGGUGAUACAGUGGACACCGAUCACAAUGGGUUCCCAGACAACAAUUUCUAUUUAUUCAACAUCAACAACAACAAGUACACCGUCCCUAGCCACAUUUUGAACAAGCCAAACGGGAGAUAUGGCCACACAAUUGGAGUCAUUGCCUUGAAUAAUAGUCUGAGUCGGUUGUAUCUCUUUGGAGGUCAAUUGGAAAAUGAUGUGUUCAAUGACUUGUACUAUUUUGAAUUGAAUACUUUCAAGUCACCAAAAGCUCGAUGGGAAACGGUGGAACCAUUGAAUAAUUUCAAGCCACCUCCAUUGACCAACCAUUCGAUGUGUGUACACAAGAAUCGGAUCUAUGUAUUUGGUGGUGUUUACAACAAUGAGAAAGUUUCAAACGAUUUGUGGUGUUUUGAUGCCAUUAUCAACAAAUGGACCCAAAUUGCCACAACUGGUGCGGUUCCCUUACCAGUGAAUGAACACUCUUCAUGUAUGGUGAAUGAUAAAAUGUACAUUUAUGGAGGGAAUGACUUUAGUGGGGUCAUUUAUGACACGUUGUAUGUGUUGGACUUGCAUUCGCUUGUGUGGUCGAAGUUGACUGAACAGGGUGAAAUCAAUGGUCCUGGCCCAAGAUGUGGUCAAUCAAUCACUUAUUUGCAGAGUUAUAAGAAACUUCUUAUUAUGGGUGGGGAUAAAAAUGAUUACAUCGACAGCAAUUCAAAGAAUUUCAACACUUAUGAAGAGUUUGUCGGGGAUGAGAUUGUUGGUACCAUGAUUUAUGAGUUGGAUUUAUUAGCCUUGGAAGGGUUUUUAUCGGAUAAGCCAGUGAAAAGUAAGGUUCUGGUACUUCCUAGAAAGUUGCAACAACAGAAACAGAAACAACAACAAUUGGAACAAGAGGAGAUUGAACUGAAGCAACCACAACAACCAGCUACUCUUUCACAACCAAUUCCUAAAGAAAAUGAAGACUACCAGGUCAAUCAUGGACAUGGUCGUAGUUUUUCCACGGGACCAGAAGAUUUCAGAACCCCCAACGCUUCACCAUCAAGAAAGGAUGAGGGUGGACAUAGUCGUGCUGCCGAGGUAGCUGCAGUUGCCGGAGCCACUGCUGCGGUCACUGGAGCUGCCGGAGUUGCUAGUGGAUUAGGAAGCUCUCAUACCCCUGCUAUUGGCUCAGAAAGAGACUUUGUUGAUUUUGAACCAUCUGAAUUUACUCAACCAUUAUCCACCAGUAGAGAUAUCAACGGUGGUGGGUAUGAAGAACAAAAGAAUUUCUUGCCACCACCAUCAAUUGAUGAACAACCAAGGAAAUCUCCUCAAACUUUCCACAACGGGCAUGCUUCAUUUUUGGACAAUUUCCAUGAAGUCAAUUCUGAAGAUGAUCGUGAAGCUGCCACACAUAGAUCUACACCUACCGGUAGUCGUGGUCCAAGUGGCACUGGCGAAUCAUCCGAAGUAAAGAAGAUUGUGACGGAAUUGACUACAGAAUUGAACAGAUUGAAGACAUCUACUAGAGAACAAAUCCAAGAAGCUUCUACUAAGAUUGAGAAAUUAGAAAGGGAAAACCAAACAUUGAAAGAUGAUAAUCAACAAUUGAAAGAGUCAAACCUUGCCUACACUCAUUUUGAUGAAGAAGUUGUUCGUUACAAGAAUGAGAUUGAAGAAAGAGACCUGAUUAUUUCUGGAUUGAAGAAGGAUAUUGGAGGUGAUAUUGAUGAAGAAGGGAAUGUUCUUGCCGUACCUAAAUCAAUUUCUGAAUUGAAUCAAUAUAAAUUGGAAAGAUUGGAAUUGAAUAAUAAGCUUGUUUAUUUGGAACAAGAAAAUAAUCAAUUAACUGAAAAGAUCACCAAAUUUGAACCAUUUAUGAACAAUCAAAUUACCGAUUUGUCCAAUUUCCAAAAGAUUAUCAAGGUUCAAGAGGAGAAGAUUGCCAAGUUAUCAAACCAAGUCAGAGGACAAGAAGAAUUGGAGAAGGAGGUUCUUGAAUGGAAACAUAAGUUUGACAGCUUGGACGUUGAGUUUAAUAACUACAAGACAAUCCAUGAAGAAGAAGAGAUUGAAGUUUCCGAGGAUGAAGCUGAAGAGGUUAAUAGUGAAGGUGGUGUUGGAUCUAGUGGCCGUAGUAUCAUUAGUUCUGCUACUGGUAGAAGAUCCAAGCGUGAUAUUUCUUCUCAUUUGGAAAAUUUGGUCAACUUAUGGUCCAAUAACGGUAGAGUACCACCGGUAGCUGUUGGUGGAGUUGGAGCUGGAGCUGGUGAAUCUAAGGAAAUUUCAGAAAACGGUACCCCAGCAACCAUUGAUCCUAUUGUAGGAAAGUUACAAAACCAAGUGAAUGAAUUAUUAACCAUCUCUAAAGAACAACAAGCUGGUUCUGCUUCUGAAAUCAAUGAAUUACGUCUGGAAUUGACGGCUAAAUUGCAAUCUUUGAAGACAUUUGAAAACAAUUACCGUGAUGCCUUACAAUCGGUCAACAACACCAGUAGGGCCUUGGAUACUACUCAUGAAGAGUUGGCCAAGCAAAAGGAGUUGAGUAAGAAGCUAAUUAAGGAGAAUGAAGAGUUGAAGUUGUAUCAAAAGGCAUCCAAGAGAGCGAGUGUCCGUAACACGACUCCAAUUUCCACCAUUGAAGAAGGAGAACAAGGUGUUACCAAGAAUGUCGAAGGAAUUGAAGAAGAAGAUCAUAACGACAUUACAAGUGCACACUUUAACAUGAAGCUUCAAGACUUACAGGCUGAUUUAUUCAUUAUGAAGCAAGAAAGAGAUCAAUUAAAGGAUGAUGUCACUACUUUGAAGAAACAAUUGUAUCUUUCUCAAAACAAGUAG